GGCGGGGGUGUCCUAAAAGAGUUUGCUGGUCCUCGCGCUCCAUCCCUCCAGAACCAGGCCACCCCGGGGCGGAGCCGCGCGCCGCACCUCGUAAAUUGGCCGUUUCGGACGCGCGUCUUCCUGUAACCGUCCGGGACGCGUUUGACGCGGAGGCGCGCGUGUAACCCCCCCCCCCCCUCCUCUCCUCACCGAUCGCAGCCAAAGAGACGAGAGAAGAGUUCGCCAUGGGAGCAGAGAGCUCGGCGCAGCGGGACGGGAAGAGCCGGGAGGAUGCCCCAGCCUCCGCCUCCGCAUCCGCGUCCGCGUCCGCGUCCGCCGCAGAGCUGACGGCGCUCCGGGAGGAAGGCGGCGUCCUCGACAGCAAGCAGAAAAACGGGCAGAUCUCCAGCAUGACCAGCCUGAACGGACCCUCGGAGGACGACGCUCUGGCAGAAGUUGGCCAGCCUGACGGUGUGUCGGUGGCGCAGAAGGAGGAGGCCCCCGAGGCUGCAGACUCCAUCCAGGGUGAAGUGGCUCCGCAGCUGAAUGGAGAGAAAGCGGAGAAAGAGGCUCCGGACGCCAGCGACAUCACCGUCGAGGAGAAGGCGGUGGAGCAGAAACCCGACGAGGCCGCAGAUGUGGGCUUCAAGAAGAUCUUCCGGUUCGUCGGCUUCAAGUUCACGUUGAAGAAGGACAAAAGUGAGGAAAAAGACCCUGUGAAGCUACUGACGGUCAAAGACAAGGAGGAAGAGGAGGUCGGUGGCGCUGAAGAGCCUGCACAGAAGGAGGAGGAGGCUUCCGCCGCUGAGGAGAAGAGCACGCUCAAAGAGGAGGAGGCCGAGGCUGAGGAGUCCACCGCGGAGGCCGAAGUCACCAAAGAAGAGACCAGCGAUGCUCCACCUGAAGGAGCAGCUGAUGGAGAGGUCGAGGGUGAAGGAGCGGAGAAGGAGGAAGCAAGCGCUCCACCAGCGCAGGAAACCACUGUGUCCACCUUCAGGAAGCUAUUCAGCGGUGGACUGUUCUCCAACCUGCGGAAGAAGGCCAGCGUGAAGAAGACAAAAGAAGAAGAGGAGAAGGAGUCUGCUGUAGAGGAGGGGGCAGCGAAGGCGGAGGAACCUGUAGAAAAGGACGAGAAGGUUGAGGUGGAGGGAGAAACCAAAGAGGAGGCACCACAAACUCCCAAGGAAGAAAAGACUGAGACCAAGGAGGAGGUGCCAGUUGUAGCAGAGGAGGAAAAGUCAGGACCCAAGGAGGCACCACCUACUGCAGAGGCACAAGAGCCAGAACCCAAAGAGGAAGCAAAACCAGAACCAGCUUCAGAGCCCGAUCUCACGGUUGAACCGCCCGCUGCUGCCGACGACACCAAACCCGAAGAGGAAAAGGCAGAGAAAGAGGAGAGAGCUCCGGCAGAGGUGACCUCCGAGGGAGAGCUGCAGUCAUCGCAGGAGAAGACCAAACCCCAGGGGAGUCCCCUGAAGAAGCUGUUCACCGGAGCCGGCCUGAAGAAGCUCUCCACUAAGAAGCAGAAGAACAAGAAGGAGACGGAGAGCAAGCUGACCGAGUCCGGGGAGACGCCGGCCGAGCGCCUUCAAUCCUCCACUGACUCAGCAGAGGCCCCGAAAGCUGAGAGCGGCCCCUCCUCCCCAGAGGAGUCAGGAGAGCACGCUGUGGCCGCGGACGGCGUCCAGAACGAGUCCAGCCUGGAGACGGAGGGCGAGGGGGCCUCCGACGGAGAGAAGAAGAAGGAGGGCAUCAUUGCCUGGUCCUCCUUCAAGAAGCUGGUCACUCCCAAGAAGCGCGUGAAACGCUCCUCCGAGAGCGAGGACGAGGCCACGGGGGACAAGGCGGCGAAGUCGGCCACGCUGUCGUCCUCUGAGAGCGCGGAGGAGGAGACGAAGGAGGAGAAGUCCACCGAGGAGGAGCCCAAGACCGAGGCCACGGAGAAGCUGGUGAGCAGCGCGGAGGAGCCCAAAAAGAAGAUGGACACGUCCGUCUCCUGGGAGGCGCUGAUGUGCAUGGGCGGACCCAAGAAGAGGGCGAGGAGGACGUCGGACUCCGACGACGACGAGACCGAGAAGGAGGCGCCGGUGGCGCCGGCGGCGGAGGCGGAGCAGGAGGCCAAACCUGAGGUUGCCGCUUCCAGGGAGAGCGACGGAGAAGCUGCCACCGCCGAGCCGUCGGGCGCCAGCGAGAGAGAGUCCACCUGGGACACGCUGAAACGCAUGGUCAUGAAGAACAGGGCCAGGUCCGAAGAAAAGCCCGAGGAGAACUCGGACCACGUCCAGUCCGACGGCGAGGCGCCCAAGGACGAGUCGGCGUUCUCGCUGAGGAAGCUCUUCCCUCGCAAGAAGAAGAAGGCGGACAAGCAGUCCUGCACCGACGGGGGCUCGGGCGAGGACGACUCGGACACGCCGGCCGUGGUGCCGCUCUCCGAGUACGACGAGCAGGAGGAGGCGGAGAAGGAGGCGCCGGCGGAACCGACCGCGGCGCCUGCCGAGGAGAGGACCCCCUCCUGGAUCCCGGCCAACGUGGAGGGAGCAGACGACAAGCGCGACCAGCUGAGCGACAUCCCCGAGGAGGCGGAGAACGCCGCCACGCCCAAGUCCGUGGACACCGACACCGCGGGGGAGGAGACCCCGGAGCCGGCGUCGCGGUCGCCCGAAGCUCCGGCGCCCACGCGGCGAAGGCUCUCCACGGCGGAGGUCAAGCCCCUCGCUCAGGCCUCAGCCGACCAAACCGCCCCCGUCCCCCGAGAACCCGAGUCGCAAACAGCCGAGGCGCUGGUGGAGCCCCUUCACGGCCAAAUCAGCCAAAUCCCCCCGGAGACAUCCGUCGUCGCCGAAGACGUACCAGUAGAGGCGGCUGCAGAGGAGGCUGAGCACCAGCCACCGGCUGAGAACGCCGAGUCCUCCACCAGCAGCGUCCUGGAGCCUCACGUUGCCGACGAGGCCGUGGCCAUCUGCACGGGCCUGGGCACCAAGGAGGUCGCCAAGGUGGCCCUGGAGAAGCCGGCCGUGCCCACGGUGGAGGCCGCGAUCGCGGUCCGCGACGCUCUGAGCUGCGAGGUGGCCGCCGAGGAGCGCCCGCAGGACCCCGAGGGCGCCCGCGCUGCGGAAGACGCCGUGCACGAGGCCCAGGUCCACCUGGUGGAGGCCACGCACCUGGAGCCCGUGGUCGAGAACGCCCGGAGCAAAGCGCCGGCGGUUCAGGUGGCGACGCAGGGCCACGAGCCCCACAUGGAGGCCUCCGGGGUGGUCACCACCGCCGCCGAGGAGUCCCUGUACGUCCAGCCCCCUGCUGUGAGCGAGAACUCCCCCAAAGGCGUGAUAUUCGACCCCAUCGCGCCCACGUCCGAAGCGCUCGUCUGCACCCAGAGCGCGGAGGUCACCGAGCCCACCGUGGAGACCAAGGAGGUGGAGGUGGAGGUGGAGCAGCGAGCGGCCAGUGGGGAACGCGCGGCCAUCAGAGAGGCGGUGCAGGCGGUGAGCGGGCAGGUUUCCUCCACCGCCGUGGAAACCACGCGGGCCGCGGUCCCGCAGGAGACGGAGCCGGAGAUCCCGGUCGCCGUGGCGACGGAGGAGGCCUGCGUCAUCGCGGAAACAGUGGUCAUCGCCGCGUCGCACGAACCGGCGACGGAGAGCGCGCCGGGCGGCGAGCAGGCCGCGCAGGCGGAGGAGGCGGCGCUGACCCAAACGGCAGAGUCGGCGGCCGACGCGGCCGUGGAGCAGGCCCGCGAGAGGGUGGAGGAGCCCGGGGGCGAGAUCGAGGCUCAGAGCGCGGUCGUCGCCCAGGCCGUCCUUCAGGUCGCCGUGGAGGAGGUCUCAGCAGAUGCCCGCGAAGACAAAGAGCCAGCAGCCACUGCUCCAGCACCGGCCCAGGCAGCGUCAGCCACAGAGGAGGACCUGGAGACAGAAAGCCCUGUCGUCAUGGAGACGCCUGUGGUCAGCUUAUGCCAAACACCAGCACCAAAGGCGGUUCAGACGCUCCACGUGGCCAUGGAGGUCAUGGACGCCGUCCCCAUAGAGGUCACCGAGAACCUCAGGACCGAGGAGGAGGAGAAACCAGAGGAGCCGAAGGAGCUGAAGCAGGCUGUGGAGGUGGAAGUGAGUGAAGACGCUGUGGUGGUGGAAGAAGUAGGAGAGACGGGAGACGGGGAACAGGAGGAGGAAGAGGAGAAAGAGACGGAAGUGGAAGUUCAGGAGCCAGACGUAAAAGGAGCCGAGGAGGAAGUCAAGGAGGAGAACGCGGAGAAGCAGCUGGAGAUCCACAUGCCGGUCCAGGUGGUGCUGCAGUCGGCGCAGGUGGCGGAGGCGCCGUCGGUGGAAGAGGAGGCCGUGGUGGAGCUGGACGGCAGCGGGCCCGAGAGGAGGGAGGAGGAGGCGGCGCCGUCGGCCAAGUGCGCGGAGGUGAUGGCGCAGGUGAUCGAGGUGAUCGAGGAGGCCGUGAAGGAGAUCGAGCCGGUGUCCACAGAGAUCACAGCAGCAUCAUGAGCAGCUGAACGUGCGUGAUGCCUGGGAGACGCUCUGUCUGGACCAGGAACCAGGAAGUGCGUGACGAUGGAGAGGAAGAGAGAGAGAGAGAGAGAGAGAGAGAGGCUGCUCUGUAGUAAAAGCCCAACCCUCCCAGAGAGGCCGAGCGACUGAGCUCUGCCACUCUCUACACCCCAGUGACGUCCCACUGACACAUCCUCACCCUCGCUCACUCACUCACUCGCUCGCUCGCUCGCUCAUGCGCUCGCCCACUCUCGCACGCACUCGUGCAUGCCCCGCGCCUCAGACGCAUCCUAUCUAGCUUGUAAUCAGUGUGAUGUCGUGUUCGGAGUCCCAGCGGGACCCUGCGGGAGUCUGCAGCCUGGCCGAGCGUGUACCUGUGCAUACGUGUGCCUGUUGUAUGUGUAUAGCGAUGACCACGAGUGAGGCGGUGACGAGACGGAGGAUUAUUACCUUGUAUAUUGUAUUUAUAUCUUGAAUAUUCUUUCAUUCACUCUUUAAGUCUUUAUUUUUUCAUUUUGUCCUAUUUUGUUAUUGUAUAGACAAUGUCGCAUACUUUUUAAAGUUCCCCAUAUGAAAGCUGUGAUACAUGAGGGGAUCUGUGUUACAGACAAACAACUGUAGUGACGCUACAAGCACCUGGGCAACGAACGGCUACCAAAGCAAAUGUGAACCUGUUGCAUUCACGUGCCUUCUGUAUCACAGCUUUAACUCUCGUCUUAUUAUUAAAGAUUAUUUCAAGAGUCUGUAGCAAUUGAAACGAAACCAUGGUACAAGUGUGAUUCCACUGACGGUGACACUGAGAACAACAGAUCGCGCCCACAAAUGCACCGUGUCUGAUGUUUGAUGUGAUGCUCACUCUGCACCAGACUAAAUAUAAUAAGCUCCAUGUAGAUGAGAAACAAUCACUGCCUGGUCUACUGUGAAAACAACAUUGUUACUGGUUUAAUGUAAUAACACAAUAAAGUCCUGUUAUAACACCCUCACUUGCUUACACAGUAGAAGCUUCUGGUAAAAAGAAAACUGCGUUUUAUUUAACAUCAUCAUUGUCAUAAAAGUUAAAAACUGACUAAAAUAGAGAAAGUAAAAAUAUUUACUAAAGUGAUUGAAUCUCUAAUAAAAAGAUGUUAAAAUAGUAUAAUGUACCGCUGGCGCCCUCUGCUGCCCACAAGCGGUAUUACACUCGUGAGUUCAACAGUGGCGUACAGUAUGUAUAAACUCCUCAUUUCAUGCCAGACCUGCACUUUGUUCUGCUGUUUACACAACAUAUAGUCCAGCUCCAUUACGCUGGCACCGGAGAGGAGGAAAAUGCAACAACAGAAGAUCAUUUUACUGGUCAUUUAAAAGCCAAAUUGAGUUAAGGAUAAGUCAGAGAGUCAUGUUUUUUCCAUUUUUCGCAAAACAAGAUAUCGGUUGCUUCCAAUUAAAUUGCCAAAGCAUCAACUCGAAUGAAUAUGAAGUGGGUGGAGGGUUAUAAACAUGCCUGGCCUCUAGCUUUACCACCAAAGUGAACAUAUGGCAUCAGUUACACUGCAGUUCCUUAUUUUUUUACCAAAUUCAGCAAAAAUGCACUUAUUUGGACAUCUGGGUGAUUAGUUUGAAUGGUCUUUGAAUGAAUUUCUUUAAUUAGAUUUAGGGACUAAUUAAGCUCGAUUGACCAAAUGAGUGAAAGGUUAGGUGGCUUGGCCCUGUUAGAUCCCCUUCACUCUAAAGUGUGUGACACAAUCUGACUCUAGCUUUAUGUAAAAUAACAGUGGACUAAAGCGUUUAGUUAGGACCCCAGCCCAUCUGAACCCUCCCUGCUUUUGUAACACAACUGUGAACCUGUUAACAUUUGUACAGAUUGUAUACCUACUGUAUGUACUAAAGACACAUGGUUGUAAUAUGAACUAAUAACCUGCAGACGUUUAGAUUAAUAUACAAGUAGCAUGGUCAUAAUUAUGUUUUAUAUUUUCCAAGCUGUUAAUAGUAAGGAUACAGAAACUUGUCUAUAUUUCAUUCAAUAAAGUUAGAGAAACUGG